AUGGCAGACCUACAGAAGUGUCUUCCUACUCCAGCUCUCACAAACUGUCAAAGCUUCUACUUGAGAAAGCUCUGGACUCUAAACUACACCAUUGACGACAGUAGUGGAAAGAAAACGUGGUGCAUGAUUUGGAAUGAGACCACUGCAGGUAGAGGUGGAAGUGAGAUGGCUUCUUGUUUGUUUACCUGGGCAAAUGAAGAGCUCAAUAAAAGCAGCAUUGACACUCUGACUGUAUUGAAUCCAGAUUGCACAACCAUCCUCGUUUUACCUGACAAUGACUCAGCCCAAUGGAAUUUUAACAUGCAUGAAAGUGAAAAUAUCCAAGUUGAAAGAGAAACUAGUAAAGACGUACAUCUUCUUAAUUUCAUUUCAACUCCAGUAGAACCAGAGUCAAAUGAAUGGGAGCUAGAGACGAUAACACAAGUGACAAACAUGGAACAAGAAUCUGGAGCAUCGACAACACUGGAAGAUUUAGAUGAUGCGCUAUCUUCUGUGAGCGACCUAUUUGAGAAUGACAUCGAUGAUCCAACAUACACUCCACCUUCAGGUUCAGAGAGUGAUUCAACUUAA